CCCAUACCCCACCACCUCAGGCUACCCUCAUCAUGUCGCUACGACGCAGGUCUUGCAACGCUUGCUUCAAAGGGCGACGAAAGUGUGAUCUUUGCUAUCCCGUCUGUGAGAAUUGCAUGAGGACAAAGAAGAACUGCCAAUAUGCAUACCCGCCUAGGCCACGGGGCCGCACCAACGAACCACGAACUGCGUCAGACGAGAUAGAUAUCUCGUCAACGACGCAGGCGAGUAACGCCGUCCUGGAGCUGGAGCUUCUGAAGUCACCCGCCGUGGCUGUCUUGGAUGCAUCCGACCAAGAUGCAGUGCUACAGCUUCCACUGAGUUUCACACCAGGUACCUGCACCCCGGACUUCACGCCGGAGAGAAUCUCAUUUUCCGCCACAUCAAGACUCGUAGGCACCCUCGGCGAGGUUCAGCCGAUCCAGGGCAGCACACGGUCAUGGCAGUGGGUGAUGGACGAGCUGAAAGGCUACCCGGGGGAAUUCGCCCACCGGGGAGAGACGAUCUUCAUUCACCGCGACCAGUACUGCGACGAGAUGCCACAACCUAUCCGGACGGCCUUUGGUAUCUGUUCCUCCUUCUGUCUCAGCCCCGAGACGACGAACCGGGAGAUGGCAUUCCGCGUGAUCGAUGCCGAAGUCUCCGAGCUGCUCCAAUCCCCCACCGAGCCAAGUUCGAGCUCUGGUUGCAAGCUAUCUCCGCUCCGAACGGAGCUCGCGCGCCUCCAAGCACUACUGCUCUACCAGACCAUCCGCCUCUUCCACGGCAACCUGCAGCAGCGGGUCGCAGCCGAGCAACAGGGGUCAAUGCUCAUGACUACGGCGCUGAAGAUCAUUGUUCGCGCGCAAUCCGAGCCGGAGCUUCAGAGGCCAAAGACCCGGCAUGCUUGGGUCCUCGGCGAGUGCAUCCGACGCACAGCUCUCCUAGUGUACUUUCUCUACGGAGUCAACUCGGUGUACCGAGAAGGUAUCUGCGUGGGACUGCAUACGCUGCGGCAGUUGCCUUUGUCGGCGGAGAUAUCUUCCUGGGGCGUGGAUGGUGAGUGUGCAGUUCAAGGGGACCAGGGGCAUUUGCGCGGGGAGGCUGCGCAGAUGCUUCCCUAUGAAGCGUUUCUCGCGCGAUGGCUUGUUUCGAUGCCGCGGCGGUUGGAUCGCUUUGAAAAGUUGCUGAUUGUUCCGUGUCAGGGGCUGGAGGCUGUUGAGGCGUUCGAGGACCUGGGGGGUUUGGUUGCGGAGUCGAUAUGAUCUUUGUUGGGGGACUCCGACUGUGUCCAGACGAUAUAUAGGUCUAUUUGUCUAUGCACGUUCUUAUCACUGUGUCUCUCGACCCCCAUCACAUUUUACAUAAAUACUUAUGCAGACUGAAGACUAAGUAGUUCAAUAAUGCUAAAACCACC